AUGAUCUGCACCCGUGGCCACGCCACCCGGGUCUACACCCUAGGCUUCGCGGCUCCCUGCGGCUCCCUCCCAUCCCCGGAGUCUCAGCACAGCGGGGGCCGCGGCGGCGGCGGGAGGGCGCGCACAGGGGCGAUGCCUGCACACAGCUGCAACGCGAGGACCCCGCGUGAGGCCACCGCAGCAUGGUCAGGCUGCGCCCUCCUGACCAUGUUGCGUUCUCUCGACUGCCAGCCUUGGCAGGUAUGGGCCGCAGGCUCCAGAUUCAACCAUUUUCGGGGCGACUUGACUCGGCAGGUGAUGAAUUUUGAAAAGUGUAUACACAUGUGGACCCAACAUCACAAUGAAGAUACAGAACGUUUCCAUCAUCACAAAAG